UUGUCUUUUUCAUGUUACUUUUUUCACUGUCUGAUUCAUGUCGCGUGAUUUCUGAUGAUAGUUCUCGACUACAUCGACUGAUUGGUUGUGUAUGGGGUUGGGCCCGUAACCCUUCUCAACCCGAACAGCGUCUGUGAAGCUGCAGUCCCCUCCGUGUUCAUGGGAUGGCGUGCUUUCCAACCGGAACCCUGGCCUCUUGCGUUUUCACUCAUGCUACACAGAAAUGGCGGAGAAUACAGUCACGGUCACUGUUGCUUACGGUUCUACGAAGCACAGCAUCACGGUAACGGGGCUGGACGGGAACGAACCGUUACUGAAGGACCUUUCUGAUGCUCUGGUUCAGGUUACCGGGGUCCCGGUGCCUGCACAGAAACUCAUCUUUAAAGGGAAGUCACUGAAGGAGAUGGAGGAGAGUCUGUCCAGCUUUGGAAUCAAACAGGGAUGUAAACUCAUGAUGAUUGGAAAGAGGAACAGCCCAGAGGAGGAGUCUGAGCUGAAGAAGUUGAAGGACAUUGAGAAGUCAGUAGAACAGACGGCUAAGAAACUGGAGAAGGUGGAUGGAGAGCUGACAGGCCUGAAGAAUGGAUUCCUAGCUAAAGACCUGCAGGCUGAGGCGCUGGGGAGACUGGACCAAAGAGUGAAGGUGGCAUCUGAACAGUUCAUGAAGAUUCUAGAGCAGGUGGACUCUAUGACUUUACCAGAGAACUUUGGUGACUGUCGGAUGAAGAAAAAGGGUCUCGUAAAAACAGUUCAGGGAUUCCUGGCUCAGUGUGACAAGAUUGAAGCAGGGAUUUUAGACCACUUGGCUAAGAUCCAGUCUAAGAACCUGGCCCUGGCAGAUUCUUAGAUCUACUAGUUCACAGAGAUCUACUGGGUCACCAUCUGGGAUCUGCUGUCAUGUCCAUCUCUACGCUGCUCCACAUCUCUGUCCCUGCCCUGGUCUCCACGCUGCUCCACAUCUCUGUCCCUGCCCUGGUCUCCACGCUGCUCCACAUCCUUGUCCCUGCCCUGGUCUCCACGCUGCUCCACAUCUCUGUCCCUGCCCUGGUCUCCACGCUGCUCCACAUCUCUGUCCCUGCCCUGGUCUCCACGCUGCUCCACAUCUCUGUCCCUGGUCUCCACGCUGCUCCACAUCUCUGUCCCUGCCCUGGUCUCCACGCUGCUCCACAUCUCUGUCCCUGCCCUGGUCUCCACGCUGCUCCACAUCUCUGUCCCUGGUCUCCACUGAGUCACCAUCUGGGAUCUGGGGAAAUCCAUUUGAUUUCGAUGACCUUUUGAUAGCAUCCCUUUCCAUUUGAACAAAACCUUCCAUACGUAGUCACCCAUUGUAGAAGAGGUCAGAAAGUGACUUUCUGGACCUGAAUGCCAAAACAUCGAAGACAUAAAGGUGCUCAAAGUUGACCUUUUAGAAUGUAUGACACCCAUUCUGUGUCUCAACCGGUGGACAACACAACCUCAGAUGAUGUGGAAUAGGGUCUAAGCUACAACAUGCAGAUAUGAAAAAGAGUUUACACUUUGUUAGAUAAUUUAUCUUAAAGCAUUAAAUAAUGUCCACAUUUUUAUUAAAACAUAUUUUUUUCAAGAAAUGAUUAAAUCGUAUGAUAACCCUGUUUGUAAGCUCUUAAAUGAUAUCAAUCUCAACCAUACAUUUUUUCCAGUGAUGUCUCGUGGUAUGGUGGGGUAUGCAAAGCGGGUCGACUUUGAGGACCUUUAUCUCCUGAAUGUUUUGUCAUUCAGGUCCCAAACGUCACUUCCUGACCUCUUCUUCCAUGGGCGGAACGUUGUGUUUAAAUCAAAAGGGCUGUCAAAAAGUGAUUGGCCUGGAGCAGCUCGAGGACACCUCUAGUAGAGUGACACCUCUAGUGGAGUCAUCUCUCUCCAGGCCUGGAGCAGCUCGAGGACACCUCUAGUGGAGUCAUCUCUCUCCAGGCCUGGAGCAGCUCGAGGACACCUCUAGUGGAGUCAUCUCUCUCCAGGCUUGGAGCAGCUCGAGUACACCUCUAGUGGAGUGACACCUCUAGUGGAGUGACACCUCUAGUGGAGUGACACCUCUAGUGGAGUGACACCUCUAGUGGAGUGACACCUCUAGUAGAGUGACACCUCUAGUAGAGUGACACCUCUAGUAGAGUGACACCUCUAGUAGAGUGACACCUCUAGUAGAGUCAUCUCUCUCCAGGCUUGGAGCAGCUCGAGGACACCUCUAGUGGAUUGACACCUCUAGUGGAGUGACACCUCUAGUGGAGUGACACCUCUAGUAGAGUCAUCUCUCUCCAGGCCUGGAGCAGCUCGAGGACACCUCUAGUGGAGUCAUCUCUCUCCAGGCCUGGAGCAGCUCGAGGACACCUCUAGUGGAGUCAUCUCUCCAGGCCUGGAGCAGCUCGAGGACACCUCUAGUGGAGUCAUCUCUCUCCAGGCCUGGAGCAGCUCGAGGACACCUCUAGUGGAGUCAUCUCUCUCCAGGCUUGGAGCAGCUCGAGGACACCUCUAGUGGAGUGACACCUCUAGUGGAGUGACACCUCUAGUGGAGUGACACCUCUAGUAGAGUGACACCUCUAGUAGAGUGACACCUCUAGUAGAGUGACACCUCUAGUAGAGUGACACCUGUAGUAGAGUGACACCUGUAGUAGAGUGACACCUGUAGUAGAGUGACACCUGUAGUAGAGUGACACCUCUAGUAGAGUGACACCUCUAGUAGAGUGACACCUCUAGUAGAGUCAUCUCUCUCCAGGCUUGGAGCAGCUCGAGGACACCUCUAGUGGAGUGACACCUCUAGUGGAGUGACACCUCUAGUGGAGUGACACCUCUAGUGGAGUGACACCUCUAGUGGAGUGACACCUCUAGUAGAGUCAUCUCUCUCCAGGCUUGGAGCAGCUCGAGGACACCUCUAGUGGAGUGACACCUCUAGUGGAGUGACACCUCUACUAGAGUCAUCUCUCUCCAGGCCUGGAGCACCUCGAGGACACCUCUAGUAGAGUCAUCUCUCUCCAGGCCUGGAGCACCUCGAGGACACCUCUAGUGGAACCCUAUUCAAACGUAGUGCUUUAGUUUGGGACAGAGACCUAUGUGGGAGCCCUAUCAGGCCAAAGCAAGGACACUAAAUAAGGAGUGACAUUUAUGAGCUGUUCUAAUGUAUUUAUUUAGCAUGGCAACAUGCAGCAGAGUACCCUUAUACUGAGCCCUCCGUGUGUGUGCUGGGGUAGAGGAGACAACACUGACUGUUGCAGCCUUUGGUCCCCAGGGACUUAAGAAAAGGGUGCUGUGUGUGUAGGAUAUUUUAACAAAGUAAAAGAACCAAAAAUGAAAUAAUCCUUCAGACUUUGAAAAUGUGUGGUGUUUGAUGAUACGUGUUGCUAUUACAAAGAGACUGCUGAUAUUGAGCUGGUGACUGAUUCUGUACUGCUUUCUAGUGACAGGAUGUGAUGUCACUAAUGGUCAGUCUGACCAGUGACAGGAUGUAAUGCUGACUGCCUAGUGGAACCAUGUUAUAGUGUGUCGUUUCACAUAAAAAGCUGUUGUGAUUGUGUGAUUUAAA